AUGAAUAACCAUUACUAUUGCUUGUUAUGUUUUGUAAUUAUAUGUUUUAACUCUCUUGUGUGCAACAUUAUAAUUUGCAAAACCAUUUACAAUAGGAAUAGUAGUAAAGAAAGUAAAUCAGUAUUAUUAAAAAUGAGGAAAAAUAAUCCCUUAAAAUUGAAAACAAUGCAGAAAACGAAUAAUACAAACAAACAUAAUGUAAAGAAUAGUAACUUAUAUUAUUUAGGAACAAAUAUGUUCAUUACAUCAGCAUAUAAGCCGAUUAAACUACAUCAUAAUAUAUAUAAAAAUCGCAGUGAUCACGAUAAAAAAGUUAAAAAAAAUAUAAAAUGGAAAUAUAAAAUACUAAAAGCAACUGAUAAACAAGUAAAUAAUUUAAAAGAAAUAAAAAAUAUCGACAACACUAUAUUAGGUAGCAAUUUUCAUGAUAAAGAAGAUGAAAUUAUAGAUCAAAUUCCAGAAAAGUUUUUAAAUGUUUUUAAAUGGGCUUUAGAAUUUAAAUUAAAAAAUUUUAAUUGUAAAUUUUCGAGAAUAACUAAAUUAGCAAAAAAAAAUAAUGAACAAUUAAAACCGCUAAGUAAUUAUGCAAUAGGUCACAAAGAAAAUUUAUUAGCGAUGUUACAAAAUGAUAAAAAUUUCUUUGUAAACAUAGUUAAAAGAUUAAAAUCAAAAGACUAUUUUAAUUUUGAUAUCUAUUCUAUUUUUAAAUUUAUUAAUAUAGACAUAAGGUUUUUAUUCACCCCAGAUUGCCAUGAUCAAUCCGCUCUUUUUUUUCUAAUUUUGGGAAAUAUUGAUAAAUCUAUUAAUUAUUUUAUCGAUAAUAGGCACACAGUUAAUUUUGAUAAAAUGCCCAAGGAUUACAAUUACGCUACUCAAGAAAAUGGAAAAUCAAAUAUGACAAUAAUGGAAAAAAAAAAAUUACUUAGGAUGCAAAAAAAAUUAAUUAAAGAAGAAAAGAAAAGGCUGUAUAAUCAGCGUCUAUCGCUCUCUGAACAAAACCCUAACCCCAGCGAAGAAAACAUAACAAAAGAUGGAGUAACAAAAGAUGAAGUAACAAAAGAUGGAGUAACAAAAGAUGAAGUAACAAAAGAUGAAGUAACAAAAGAUGGAGUAACAAAAGAUGAAGUAACAAAAGAUGGGGUAACAAAAGAUGAAGUAACAAAAGAUGGGGUAACAAAAGAUGAAGUAACAAAAGAUGGGGUAGAAAAAGAUGGGGUAACAAAAGAUGGGGUAACAAAAGAUGGGGUAGAAAAAUAUGAAGUAACAAACGAUGGGGUAGAAAAUGUCAACAUAGCAAAGACAUCGAGCAUAGAUGAUAAAUUAUCAUUCUUUCUUAAGUACUACAAAGAAUUGGAAUAUUUUUUUACAAAUCAUUUUAAAAGUGGGGAUGAGAUAAAGGAAUUUUUUGAAAAGUGCAAUAAAAAGGAAAAUAAAAUAAUAAAAGAGGAAAUAAAUUUUCAUUCAAAUGGAGAAAAAAUUAUAAAUAAAAAAGAAAUAAUAAAAAAUGGUUUAAAUCUAGAAAUGAUAAAAAAAGUUAUUAAAACAUCCCCUAGAUUAUCAUUAAUAAAUAAAAGGACUUUAACUAAAAGAAUAGAACAUUACAGAAAUGAAAUGAAUUAUAAUUAUAAUGAACUUAUGGAUAUAUUAUAUAAUCUACCUCAAUUUUAUUCUUUUGGAAAUUUAAAAAAAAAAUAUAAAGAGUUAUUAUAUUUACAUCAAUCAAUAAAAGAAGACGACUUAAAAAAACUUAUAAAAAUAUAUCCUAGAAUAUUUACAUAUAACAUUUAUAGAACUAUAAGGCCGAAAUUAUUAUAUCUAAUUAGACAUUUAAAUAAAUCUUUUACAGAUUCUAUUUCUUUUCCUCAAUAUUAUAGUUACAGCUUUCGAUUAAGAAUAAUACCAAGGCAUGUUGCAUAUAUGAAUUUGUAUUAUGUAGAUUAUAUUAAAUAUUAUAAAGAAUUAUUAAGAAAAUAUAACUAUGCAGAUUUUAACAAUAAUUUUAAUAGUUUAGUUUAUAAUUCUAAUAUACCUCCAAUUAAUUUAAAAAAAUUGUUACAAACAUCUAAUAAGGAAUUUAUUGAAUAUUACAAAAUACCUUAUUAUCAAUUUAUCAGAUCUACACAACUAGCCAAGCAUAUACAAAAUCCAUUUAUUAUUUAUUAA